CUAAGCUAGAACUUGAAAUGGCAAGUCGGAUUGAGAGGUGCAAUGGGUGUGGACGGAAACUUGUAGUGCCAUUACAAGCACAAAUCAUUCGUUGUGGUGCGUGUCAAGGCGUCCCGCGCAUCAAUCGAACAUCCAUCAAUCCUCUGAUUCGAGCGAGCCAUGAUUCAAUAAACCACGCUGUCAACCGUCUUAAAAGCCAAAUGACUAGGGUGAUGACCAUGCCCUCCCCGAAUGCGGGCCGCCCUGCUAAUCCUAGAUACUACCAUCAUCAGCUGUCCCGGCCAUCAGUACCAAAACCCUUGAUGCCACCUUCGACGCAUGGAAGAAAGCUCGCGGUGCUGUGUGGAGUGAGUUACAAUGGGAAAAGUUACAAGCUCCAAGGAACGGUGAACGAUGUUCAGUGCAUGAAAUACUUUCUUGUUGACAGAUUGGGAUUUCCAACUGCUUCCAUACUCAUGCUCACAGAAUAUGAGACAGACCCUUUCAGGAUCCCAACAAAACAAAACAUGCGUAUGGCGUUACAGUGGUUGAUGCAGGGCUGCCAAUCAGGAGACUCGUUGUUGUUCCACUUCUCUGGCCAUGGCUCAACCCAGCAUGACUUUUCGAAUGAUGAGAUUGACGGCAAUGAUGAAACGGUGUGCCCUGUUGAUUUUGAGACCGAGGGGAUGAUCAUUGAUGAUGAAAUUAACGCCACCAUUGUUAGGCCGGUGCCCCAUGGUGCCAAACUUCAUGCCAUUGUCGAUGCCUGCCAUAGUGGAACUGUUCUUGACCUACGAUUUGUUUGCAGGAUCAACAGAGAAGGAUAUUCGUGGGAAGAUCAACAAUACUCGCCUAUUUAUAAGGGCACAAGUGGUGGACCAGCUGUCUUCAUAAGCGCUUGUGACGACCAUCAAAAAUCUGCAGACACCACUGUUUUGUCUGGAGACACUUCAACGGGUGCCUUGACUUAUAGCUUUAUCCAAGCAGCGGAAAAUGAUCGCGGAUCGACAUAUGGCUCUUUACUGAAUGCUAUGCGCCACAAAAUUCGUGAAGCUAAAACUGGCAUUGAUAUGGUUAAGUAUCUUUCCAAGAAUCAUUUAGUUGAUUAA